AUGUCUUUUGAAAACGUCGACACGUUGUACGAAAAUCAACAAUUCCAAAAAGGGUUCGACGAGUUGAAGCUUCGUUACAAAAGUGGUGAAGACACUUGCGAGGUCCUGUGGCGAAUGUGCAGAUUCUGUCACGACAUUUCGAACAUGCUAACCGGAGAGCAGAAGAAGCACAUGGUGUUCGAAGGACGGAAUUAUGGAUUGAGAGCGGUCGAUUUGGAUCCAGCGUGUUUCAUGGCGGCAAAAUGGGCAGCGAUUUUGUACGGAAUCUCAGUCGACAUGAUGUCAAUGAAGGACAAAAUCAACGAGGGCGGUAAACUCAAGGAUUUGCUCGACAAAGCUCUUGAAUUGGACCCAACCGACUUCGCACUCCUUCAUCUUCGCGCCAGAUUCUCGUUCACACUAGCCAAUUUGUCAUGGCUUGAGCGCAACGAAGUGCCGAAAGCGAGCAUCGACGACGCACUCGCCGACUUCGAAGCGGCUUACAAAUCGCAAGAGGAUUGGAUCGAGAAUCUGCUCUACCUUGCCAAGUGUCUUGUGACGAAAAAGGAAAAAGCGAGGGCUCGCGAGCUGCUCAACAAGGCGCUUCAACUUCCAGCCGAUAGCAACAGCGAUCAAGAGCUUCAGAGCGAAUGCAAGAAACUUCUCGAAAAGUGCUGA